CGAAACGUCAUAUUAGAGCCAGUUACGUAAAUACAAAAGCUUUUGCCCUUCUGAUUUACAUACGGCUUAACGACUCAUUUAUUCGUGAAGUAGUCUUCGCAACAUAGACAUAUAUGUUACUGAGGUGAAAGAUUUUUAAAGUUCUAAGACAAAACAGCAAUUUGUUUUUUCACCCGCUGCUCUCGUUUGGUUUUUAUAAAUGGCGCAAAACGGUCGCCCUCAGAAUCACGCCUAUAGUCCCUACGCAGUGGACAGUCCAGUACUUCCACCGAGAGAUUCCAGUUCUUUCAAACCGGGAGUUUAUCAGAAUAGUGCUUACUCAAACUUAGGAUACACGCAAAGCCAAGAAGAUGUCUCCAGACUGAGGCCCAGCUCUACAAAAGGAAACUAUCUAAACCCUGCGUACGAAAAUUCCGAACUUUCACAUCAAUAUGAAGACCCUUCGCACUUGGUCGCAAGGAGUGCUGCAAGCACAGGACCUCGAAGGAAACGGAAUGAAUUGUACGAACCUACCGAAAUUAACAAAGGCCAAGAAACAAACGAUGAUGUGGUUAGUGAAAGCGUCGGUGGGGACUCGUGGUUAAGUAGACUGAUCUUGUUUUUAAUUCUGAUGGUUUCUUUGACCUCGCUUAUUCUGGUCGCGUUGAUAAUCAUCGGAAAAGUUGGACCAGUCUGUUCCUCUUGUAACGAAGAAGAAGGUGAGACGAGUUUCCUACUUUUACUAAAGUUCACUUACUUUCUUUCAUGUUAAUUUUUGAAGGCAUUUCAAUCGUGCAUCUUCGCACAGAAAGACACCGCUGUUAUAGUUUUAAUUAAUGUUUGUGCAUUAGUCGGAUAAUUCUAUAUUGUAUCAGUAUGCGGCAUGUCUCGCAAUAAAUCCGUUAAGAAAUAAUUGCAUUAUAUUUGCGAUAUAUCAAAAAACAAAAUUGUGAUUUAUAUUCACUUAUUUCGGCUACUUCAGUCAAAAGUAUCCAGACCAGAGGUAAAAGUGCUUAUCUGUUAGUUUUCCAAGUCAGCUGCCGAGUGCCGACAAACAGAAACAACAACAACCACAGGUGCUUUCCCUAAUAGGAAAAUAUUUUCACUCUUUGGAGAUUAUAACACUUUUUAAGUGCGUUUCACAGAAAUAUUUAGUAAUUGUAUUCGGCACUGAUGAAAACAUCGGAAACUUUCGAAAUUUUUUUGUUUCUUUUAAAACUGCACCAUACGUGUCCAAACUCAUUCUCUCUGUCUUUGUGAGCUUAACUGAGGCUGUUUGUUCCGAUUCCUGUUAUUAUUUGCCGAUUACUUGUUUACUUGUGGCAUAACUUAUUAGCUAGGUAAUAGGCAACUCAUCAGAAUCUAUAAUCUCAGCUGAUAACGCGGCAAUAGUUCGCUCCGUUAUAGCUAAAAAUACUUCUUUUUCUGGAUCAAAGUAAUCUUUGGUAAGAAUAAUUUUCCGUUUUACCCCAUACAUUUAUUAUGCAUACAUUAUUGUUUCGACUAUUUGAGAGAAAAAGUAUGAAAUUGAGGCAUGCAUAUAAAUGUAUGUGGUUAUAUGGAAAUCUUACCUUUUUUCUAAUAACUCAUUCAGCUCUCUUCCAAUACAUGCAUGUAGCUUCCAAAAUGGUGGUUUUAUGACACCUGGAACCGGUCACUUAUUUUAAUUUUCGGGCAGAUAAAGCAAAAGAUUCCUUUUACUAAAAAUGGAAGGAUCCUAGUAAGUGUAGAAAUCGCCUUUAUCCCAUUUUAAGCUUACGAUAAACAAAAAUUUCUGUCUGAUUGGGAGUAAUUAAUUGACUAGGGCGGGUAUGAAUUUUGGCUUUCAGUUUCUAACUAUUUAAGGAAAGUUUGCAGUUUCUAGAAGUCUGUCAUUCAUCUUUUUUUCCGCAACAGCGUCAAUUGAUCUUUAAUUAAUUCAUUUGGAACUGAUUGUAAAAUGCGGUUUUCUCAUCUUAUGGAUAGCUAAGAGUGUGCCACCCUACACGUAUCAUUUUCUUGAUUGUGUUUAAAUAGUUUUUUUCUUGAUCGGUGAAUUUCCAGGGCCAGUUGGCUUGCAACAGCCUAAGGACUUUCCUGGUCCACAUGUAUAUUAUGACCAAGAGAGGAUAUUUAAGCUUUAUUCUCUCUAGCUAUAACUCAAAUUUUUUUGAAAGACAUAAAAACUUGAAAAAAUACUCGGAAAAAUAAUUCCCAGUUGAACGAGAUUGAUUUUUGAAAAAGUAUGCCUUAUAAAAAUGCUGAAAAUAGCAGUUUUUCUUAAGUGGGUGUCACCAGAUCACAAGAGAGGCUCGCGACUUCGGCGGUCUCGUCUGAGUGCCGAAAGUUUGUCUACGGACCUGGCAGUCAUCAACUCAUCAGAAUAUUUGAGGUUAAAUUUUUGUUUUACUAGUUUAUUAUUACAUUUAGGGCUUUUGUUUGGUUAUAAACUUUCACCAGGUUACAUCGUUAUGAUAAACGGAAUCCUUCCAUAACAAUCAGGUAUAGCAUUAAAAGACAUGAAAAUUGCUACAUUCAUACACAGCUACCCUUCACACUGUAUAACCGCGAAUACGUCAUUCUAGACGUUGGGUUUUAUGUCGUAUGCAGAAUGCGCAAAUGAUAAUGGAACCUUCUAAAUUUGCUUCGAAGAUAUAUUUGAGGGUUAGCCAGUUAGGUCACUAUAUGUACCAGUUUUGUCGCAUUCAGUAAGCAGGGGCACCCAACGAGGAUAUAGUUCAAAUCAAAUCAACAUAGCAUUGUUGAACAUAAUUUAGUAUUUAAACGGUAGAUAUAGGCAUAUUUUUAUCCCCUAAAAACUUUUCAUCUGUUCGGAUUUCCUAGCUGAAAGUCUAGUGAUCCGAAAAUUAUAGGGAUCAAAACUUACCUUUUCGAAAAUUUCAGCCAGGAAAAGGCUCCCGAAAAUUCUAGGUGGCCUUUUUUAGGGUAAAUAUCCGUUUAAAAUGGGUAAUUAUACCAUUUUGUAGAUGUUCGAAAAUCCUAGGAGAGGCAGGCAAGCAAGAAAUUUUACAACAAAUGUUCCGAAAAUUCUAGUUCUCAAAUCGUCUUCCGAACAGAAAUUUUCCCGAAAAUUGCCGUUGGGUGCCCCUGAGUAAGUACAGUCUUUCAGUCAUUCAUAACUGUUCAUGAUUGUUUUUAGAGUCUCAACUUAACCGCUCACUAUUUAUAUUAAUUAUCUGCGUCCAUCAUAACAAACUUUCUCGAAAGAAUAAAUUAAGUACAAGACAAACAAACAAAAAAGACGGAACGAUACUGCCUUAUUUUAACUAUUUUAUGUCCAUCGCCAGCGACUUCGGGAUAGUUCAUCUUUGAAUAUUCAUGUAGAAGCUAAGUCCAUACUCACACACAAGCAGAAGCUAAACUCUUUAUUGCGGUGACUAGAGAGAAAGUGUAAACUGGGUUUCAAACAAAGACUUUCUUAGAGGAAUCAGUACUAUAUACUAUUUAUAUCUUAACAUUAUCCGAUGUAUGUUAGAGGCCGAAUGCAUGUUGCUAAACAGUGUCUCAAGUAGAGAAAAAGGAUGAGAAAUCCGAGGUCUUGAGAAUGACACGAGAGCCACAAGAACGCCUGCUUAAGGCGGAUUAGGAACGUAGCCCAACAAAAGGGAAAAAUUGUUUUUGACAAGUCUCACUGGUAUUUCUUUAGUGCAAAAGCGGCAACAAACAAGAAGUAACUACAACUCUAGCGGCACGUGCACUCUUUAGUUCUGUGAAAUGUACUCGCUCUCCGUGUACAAUCUGUCGAGCAUGGAUGAUGACGUAUUACUCACAAUUGUGUUGUGUACACGUAGAGCCCCCGCCAGCCUCUCUCGUGGGAAAACGGUGAUUAGAUCAAGCCAAUCAGCGACUACUGUUUUGGCGGGUAAUAGUCUGACAUCGCCAAUUCAUUCAGUUAUACGCAUAAGAAAUUCAUAUAUUUUCAGUCGCGCGUAGUAAGUGUCGUAUUGUUUGGGUUGGUAUCCAACUAUCGAAGAUCGCUUACGAAACUAUCACGUGUUUAAAGGAUUUGCCAGAAGAGAGAUACGUGAAACAUAAAGACUGGUGAUGUCAAGUUUCAGACAAUUUCCUCGGCGGGAUUUUAGUCCCGUUGAUACGUGUGAUGUUCGUUUCGAGUCACCGCGUUCAUCGCAUACGCGUUUGUUGGCAAAGCCUCAGCGGGAAGUUGAUGAAGAAAAAGGCCAUCACUAUGAGGAUCCUUCGGGUCUCAGUGAUCAGGUUCGAGCACUACAGGCAGGAGAAAAAAACCGGCGAAAACGCUUUAAUGAUCUUUAUGAACCUCAUGUUCCACUUAAAGAAUUGCAUGUUACCAGGAAAAGAGACAUGUCAGACUCGUCUGAUGAUUCUGACUCCUACUCAAGGGAAUCGUGUUUGAAUCGAUGCGUUUUAUUUUUCGUUCUUCUAACUUCGGUCACAGCUUUGAUAUUAGUGGUUCUUAUGAUGUUGGGCAAGGUCGGGCCGGCUGUUGAAGGAUGUGCGUGUGUGAACACGGAACAAGGAAGCUAUAAUAAAAAAGGUUUGUAUAAUCUUUUAUUUACGAAAAGCCACGCGGUCGGCGUUUUACAAAGUAUACAUGAAUAUUUCAGCUGCGUAAUCCUCAAGAAAUGUUCACUAUAUUAUCACUUGGUUCGAGUUUUAAACAACGUCUUUCGCGAGUCCGAUCACACAACACCAUGGUUCGACGAAUGAAUAAUUGAUACAACGCGUGGACUAGACACUUUGAAUUACCUUGAGCCCUUAGGGUAACCAUAGAGAUUUAAAAAUCAAAUGAUCAGGCAUUCUUUAAGGAUGCUAAACAUUUCACAUUAUUUUAUUUAAGAAACGGUCGUUGAAUAUAAAUAAUUGAGUCCUUAAAUUCUCUAUUAUAACAUACUACUCUACCUAUAUAUAUCCUAGGCUCUAGCAUGUGCACGGCCAUAAUAGAAAGAACGUUAGAUAUGCUUUAAAAUAUUAUUUGAACGUAAACAAAAGACGACAUUUGCAGUUCAAUUAUUUAGACACAUAUUCUUCGUUUGUUUUAGUAUAUAAAGAUGUUAAAUUAACUGAAGUUAAGUACAAUAUAUGACUGGUAUGAAAUCGUAGGUUGGGGAUUUUUAAAACUUUAAACUUUGUUGUCUCGUUUCCUGCUAUAUUAGACUUGCGUAUUGAGGACCGCGUUAUAUUAUAAAAAGUGCCUGCGUUGUUAGUACCCAAACUGUGCUACCAAGUGAGCACGUUCUAUAUGAAAAAAUAGCAUUUGCGGGGCGGCAAAAAUGCGCCUUGUAUCCUUCCUUUUUGUUAAUACAAAGAGAGUUUCGUCCACCCUAAUAUAAUGUUUGAACAGUUUAUGCCAGUAAGUGCUUUAAGAAAGUGGGUGAAUCAAUUAAAGAUCAAAUGGAAAAUUUUAACGAGGAAGGAAGGGAUACUUUGUCUAUACCUAUCCCGUUCGCAGUUAGUCCAAGAAGCCCUGUUUAUAAAACUCGGGGAAUUAAUUAGGCUAGAGUUGUAGAGGAAGUAGGACGUAGGACUCCUGGGAAUUUUUGGUGGGGUGUGUCGCCCGGUUUUCCUGUAAAAUCCUUUUUCAGACCUGGCAUCUAAGUAAUUAUGUCAUCAGUACUUAGAUUAGAACAGCAACAAAAACGAUCUCUUAGAUUCCAUUUCGAAUUCGCAUAUUUCUGUUUUUUUCUUACUCAUUUGGAAUUGAAACGAUAAAUACGUUCAUUCACUACCGUAAUUCUCUAGAAAACCAUACCCGAUUCUAGACCAAAAUGGGUAAAGUCUACACCCGUUUUCAGACCAAAACGGCCCAAACACCAUACCCUUUGGCUUUGGGGCGGUACAUACUCAUAUGCCUUAUAUAAGGGAGUACCACCCAUGGGUCUGAGCUCAGAUAGAUAUAGAAAAAUGUAUCGCUUUGCCGUUCACGUUCUCCGAGAAAACUUGAAAUUUGGUCAUUUCACCUCAAGAUUACAGGGAAGGCAAGGCGAAUACGUUUCACAGAACUAAAGCGUGCACGUGCCGCUAGAGUUGUAGUUACCUCUUGUUUGUUGCCGCUUUUGCACUAAAGAAAUACCAGUGAGGCUUAUCAAAAAUAAUUUUUCCCUUUUGUUGGGGUAAAAAUUGCUUUGUUAUUUUUUGUCGUAACAUUGUUGUCACUGUUUGACCCUACAUGAUCAUAACACAUGGGAACAUUCUCUUUACAAAUUUUGACGAAAUGUUGUGACUAAAAUAAUCUCAACAAAUCUUCUGUACAGUCGACUCUCUUUUAACGGAAACCGGACACCUUGUUAAAAAGGACACCUAACUUUAGUCCUCGCCAUUCUUUACUCUAUAUAAGACACUCUUGGUUACUCUCCCAAAAGUGAGAGAGUUGAUUGUUUUGUGUUUUAUUAUUUCAGUAGCUACAGCUCCUUCUGGGCAACAAUUAAGUGGUUCUCAGACUGCGGUUCAACCAGGCAGUGUAGUGUUUUCACCGCCUGAUGUCUCGUCACUCGAGAACAAAAUCAAUGAACUGAAGGCGAACCUUUCGUGGAUCAAAGCAUUUAUGGUAAGUGUCAAGUUUGUUCACUCUUAGUUUAAAGUAUCUUGACGAGCCUCUCGACCGAUUACCUUUCUGAAAAUUCCCGAGUUACUUAUUCAUGAUCACCAUUUAUCAUCAUCAUCAUCAUCAUCAUCAUCAUCAUCAUCAUCAUCAUCAUCAUCAUCAUCAAAAACAACAACAACAGCAUUGGCAUCAUCAUCUUCAUCAUCUCUAUCAUCAUUAUCAUCAACAUCAACACCAUGGUCAUCACCAGCACCAACACCAUCAUUGAUCAUCAUUAUCAUCGUCAUCAUCAUUAUCAUCAUCAUCAUCAUCAUCAACAUUACCAUUAUGGGCUCCGGUCAGCUCCUACUCAUGUGGCUAUUGGAAGGGAGUCCUUUUUUAAAAACGACCAUUUUCGAGAUGAUACAAUGUACUUUGGAACCACCAUUUAUCCUUGCAAAUUCUAGUGGCAGACAUCUGUAAAAUGCCAUUCAAUGAAUAUUAGUACUCUAUGGAAUUACAUCUUCCUUCUAAAUUUUAUCAUUUAAAUCCUACAGAACACUCUUCAGCAAGACAUACAAGGAACCAAAGGUGAUCUAACUGACACAAACAGAGACAUUAAUGGCACAAACGAUAAACUAUUACAAAUACAGAGUGGAACACAAGACUCCAUUAAUAUGGUAAGCCAGUUGUCCUUGUUACAGCAAAAUAUGGUGUCGAUUAAAGCUUUAUAAUUGUGACUAAUUUUUUAUGAAGUCUUUUGUUAAGGUAUGUAAAAUACAGAUCUUUAUUUGUAACAAAAACAUCGACUCUAAAUUUAUUGUUUUCGUUACAUGUAAAAUUUGCUAAAGAUCUUAAGACUCUUCACAGGGAUUCAACUGCUUAUAACUGUGCUGUAUCACAGUUUAAAGGAAAUGAUGUAAUUUUGAGCUUAGCUGUUUUUAAUAAUAAAAUUGGAUGUUGUAUCGAAGUGCAGUUCAUUUGAAAAAUUAAAUUGCUUCUUGCCGUUCUCGGUGCCGUUGCUGUCGUGGUAGUAAUUGUCACACCUUAUUUUGUAGAUUCAGAACAUCAGUCAGAGGCUCGAUGCAUCUGUGAGUGAUCUUAAUGUUAGUUUCUUUGGAGAGUUGAGUGAAGUGAAAACAAGCUUUGACUCAAAGGUAAGUGUUUGUUAAUUUUUUUUAAUUUUAAACUUCUGGACUCGGAUUUAAUGACACAUACCUAUCUAAAUAUAGUGCACUAUAUUAAGGUGGCUGAACACAGUUUUGGCAGUUUGUGAGUAUAUAUCCUUUGCUAAAUCAUGUUAAGAGAAAGGUUGCAGCUCACAAGCUGAAACUUGGCAAGUGAAAAAUAUAAUGAUGAAAGAUUUUGACUGACAGGUAAAAUGUGCGUUUUCGUAGUUUCCAUGGCAACAUGAACGAUUGAAUCCAACCUUAAAAUUUCACUUUUGCUCAGUUUAUAUAAAAUUCGCUCAUUAGAUUUUCCUGUAAACUUGCACUCAGCUUACUAUAAUUAAUCAUUACAAUUUGAAACUUAUUUGACCAAAUUUUAACAGAGGGGUUUUUAGAUAAUCAAUAAUAUAAUUGUACUGUAAUUAUUAAAUGUGUCACAAAAUUCGUCUGUUCAACUUCCAUUUUAAAGUAACUAUUAUUGAAAGUACGAUAAAAGUAAAAAUUUUGCCAAAUAUAACAAAUUUUUAAUGAGUAGAUUUUGAGAAAUUGUCUUCUAUGUUCCAUUGCUUUUUUCGCCGCCAUGUUUGUUUGUCUAGUUUAAGACACGCGAGUUACCACUGACCGCCCGCAAAACUGUGUUCAGCCACCUUAACUAACAGUGGAAAUCCAGGAGGUCAUUUUACUUUACGUCUUUAUCAAAAUAAGUGUCAAAGAAAUUAUUUCACGGGCACGUGUCGGUUACAAGCGUUUCAUAUUUCGUAUGCUGGGCUGUAGUCAUUGUGUCAAUUUUUCAAACUUCUUCAUAACAUAAAUUGUUUUUAUUAUUAUCAAGAGAAGUUUAUCUUCUCUUGUUAUUAUUCAUUCAACUAGGACGAGUUAGUAGGGUAAGCCAUACUGAUGUAACUCUAUUCUAUCUUCGGCGGAAUUACGUUCUACGAUGGGUAGAUACGAAGACUUUGUUGAUUGACUAACUUUGCCGUUACAUAUUUUAUUUUACAGUUAAACAACACUGCUCGAAACCUCUUAAAUGCUGACAAUUCCCUUCAAACACUUCUUAACGCAAUCAACAGUUCUCUGAGCGAUCAGGUGAUUAUUUUGCUGAUUCAAUGUUCAAACUAAUUGUAAACCUUUGAGCAGACGAGAUCACCUCAUUCUUUCUACAGCCCUAUCCGUUUUAAAAUGGAUCUUAAAGACUGAGUUUGCUACUUAUAUAGUCUGUGGUUAGUUUAUAAACCAAACACUUUUAAAAUGUUAAUAAACAACUGUUAAAUCACCUUUUUAUCAUCUACUUGUUCUUGUCAUCAGCAGCUAAUGUCGGAUUUACUCGCCUCCAGACAUGCUUAUGUUAAAUGUUACCAAAAAUAUUUUGCUUUGCUGGCUGUACCUCUUUAUAGAAUCUCAAGUCACAUCCACAUUUGGCAUUUCUUCAUUUUCUUGUAUUUUAAACAAUAAAAAAUGCAUUGACUUUACUUCAGUAAACAAAAGAAAAAAACCUAUUUUUUUUCCCUUUCAACACACUAUUUAAUUCAUAUGACGGUCCACAAAACCGCCAUAUAUUGAAAUUAAAUAGUGUGUUGAAAGUGAAAACAAAUCAGUUAGGUUUUUUAUUUCUUUUGUUUACUGAAAUAAUCUUUGGUCUCGGCAAACAGAAUUUCACAGCAAAAAAUGCAUUGAUGAUGAAUUAAUUUUCCAGGUCCAAAGUAUAAGCAAGUUGCGGGGCCCCACAGGGCCACCAGGGUUUAAUGGAUCAAAAGGUGACACCGGUCCUCAAGGACCUUUGGGACAACAGGGAGACCAAGGUAAUCAAGGAGGCAAAGGAGAUCCUGGGGUCAAAGGCGAUCGGGGAUUUAAUGGUACCGACGGUGCAGAUGGACAAAAAGGUGCUACAGGCCCUCAGGGUGACAAAGGAGAUCCUGGUUCUCAGGGACCGCAAGGAAUUAAAGGAGAAACAGGACCGCAGGGAGCUCAAGGAGCAGGAGACUUCAGCCAGUGUAGUUAUUCAGAGAAACCAGGAACUACCGUUUCAUCUGGUCCUAGCGCAACUGCUGAUGUAGAGGUUGAGGAAGCACUGGUUAGUCAUAAAAUUAUUACAUAUUGCUAUUCCAUUUCUUUUACCAUCUCUUGAAAAACUUGUAGCUCGCAAUGACAGAAGAAUAAAAGGAACUACUCUCGCCGACUCUAGUGGUAUGGUGGUUCGCCAUGCUUCCUUUGUUUCUUAGAAGGUCUGAAAAAUGUCCUAUGGUGACAUGUUUUCCAUCGCAACAAGCAAUUGUGAAUGUUUAACAAACAAAACUACACGAAGUAACGCUACAGUAUGUGUAACGACUAAUACGUGGCAAAACCAGUAAGGUUAGAUACUAUAGCUAUUUGCUCAAAUAUGAACCAAUUGAAAUGUGAAACUUGGCCAAUGGAAGUCACAGCACAAGUUUUAGUUAUUACACGUCCCAGCACUCAAUAUGUUUAUGUGAAAGAAGAAGUGCAGACUUAUUCAUGAGCAGUUACGAUGUACUUUAAGUAUUGUUUAGAUGAAACACAUUUAAUUUAUUGUCAUCAAUUCUCGUAAAUUUUGUUAUUAUUAUUAUUAUUAUUUUAAAAAUCACAUUUAAUCCUGAAAAACAUUUUUUGUGUACAGAACAAGAAAAUUCUGGGUGUUUCCUGCUCUACAAACAACGCUGCAGAGUAUAAUCUACGAAGAGUACAAGUUGGACAACAGAACAAGUAUAUUUGCACUUGCAGGGGUCAAUCAUCCUUGUUUUUCACACCCGGUUCGAAUUCAAUGUGGUGCAAAGUUCACUACUGGGAAUGCCCUCUAACUACAUAAGUACGCAUACGCAUGUCACACGCAGUUGUAUCUUCUAUGAAAAAAUUUAGUGAACACUCCAGACGUCUCCAGGCUGCAAAUGGGCCCUUGGAGAGAAGCACUGGGAGAAGAGGACAAAGUAAAUCACCAUUGAGUGGUUAUAGGCUCUUUGUUUGUCUUGUCCCUUGUUCUCCUGCAUGACGGUUCUGUACUAUUUUAAUCGACCUAUUCAACAGUCUCCAUUAUCAUUUUUGAGAAAGGAUAAACGGACAGAGAGAAAUGUAUGAGAGUUUGACAGACGAAAGGUUGACUGUAUCACUCAAUGAACCUCCUCCUUGAAACGGUUCGGACUCAGAAAUGUCACUGUUUUGCUGCAGUUUAGAGAUUCUAAGGACGUGCACCAUAAGUCAGAAUUGGCUGGCCAGACUAGUCUAGUCGUAAAGAGAAUUCCAUUUUCAAACAAAACGUUAACGUUAAACGUUGAUCCUUUCUUAUUAUACAAUAAUAUGCACGACAGUCUUAAGCGAAAAACUCUUUAAAAAGACCCUCUUUAAUACUUGUCUGGGUGGCCAGUUCUGACGUUUGGAAUGCGCCCUAAAUCUGGCAACAUGGAAGAACUGAAAGGGAAUUCAGAGACUAUUCCCUUUACUGUACAAUUAUUCACUUUGGUAGUUUCCCUGUGGCUACGGCAUGCAGACACCCAAAAGGUGCCAUGUUUGUACAUAUACUAAUACCUUAUUUUUGCUCUAUGUUACCGUUGUAUAUCCCCAUGGCCCUGUGAAUAGAUUAAUAAGUGCCAUUAUAUUACAAUUAAUUGACUAACCGUCCUCAGGUUAAACCAGUAUACACUCAAGGCUACCAGAGUUAGAACCACAGCAAAAAAGGUACCCUUAAUAGGUUAAAUUUUGAUUUAAUUUGAGAAUGUACUUUUCCAACCACAUGUACAGUGUAUAUGAAUCUGAUAUCACAAAAGCAAAAGGCAAACAAGAUGUAUAUUUGAAUAUUUUUAAUAAGAAAACGAUUAAAGGUUCUGUUAUAGCUUCAUGGACUAGUUAAGGGCAUAGAAGCUAGUCACCAAUAUACUGGGCUACUUCUGGCCUCUUGUGUUAUGACUAAUAUCCUCGCUGAAGUAUUCGAAGGAAAAAAUGGUUAUCGCUAGGUGACCCAGGUUGCCUUUGCUAAUUAUAUUUUGUUAUUAUUUUUUAUUGGCGACGAUUGAUAUUUUAAAUCUCCAUGCCAGAAUUUUUUCUUUUUAUAGAUUGUAUAUGGAUAAUCCAUAAUAUGUUUUGGAACAUGGUACUUCUACUUAUUUUUAAUGGUGAAAAGACGAUGUUUUUUAUUUAUUUAUUUUACCUCAAUACGGAAUUGACCAUAGUUUACAUGACUUAAUUCUUAUAAAUCCGCUGUAAUGCCUAGAAAGUCCAGGAACAUAUUUGUUCCUUUGCUUUUGAUAUGACAUUACUUCAGCCUACUCAAUGGUUCAAAAUAUCGGUAAGCGCAAACCCCUAUGAAAAGGUUUCUGUGAAUAAAAUCACAAGUUUUAGCUACCCUGGUAUUUUAAUCUAAUACAAUUACGAACUGAAAAAGCCAUAAAAAUUUGAAAUUUAACAAGGGCUGACUGACAAAUCUUGUGGAAACUCUUAAUCUUUAUCUAUUGUUUACAUAGCGUGUUCUUACCACGACUAGAAAUAAUUAAGGUAGCUCUUUGGUUGUCCUUAAUAGAGUACGUAAUAACUGACUUGUUUCUAAAAGGUUUAAGAAAUUUGUCCAUUUGGUGAUAUGAACGCAGAAAGCAAAGGCGUGCCUUUAAUUUCUGUACAUAUUUUUUCUUAGUUGAGAAAUUUUUUAUGAUGUCAUUCAUUCGUCAUAUUCAAGUGUAAAGUUAAUGUGAAAUUAACAAACGUUAAAACAGUUGUAAGAAUGCGGAAUAUUAUAUAAACACAAUUGUUACCCGAGGUAAGUGGACUGGUUGUUUUCACUCUCCCCAGGGGGAAGGGGAGGGGGUACUUCCCUACAGUAAGGGCGGGAGUGUUCGCCAUGAAUUUAUAAUUUCAAAAUAAAUAUUAUAUAUAUGCCAUAAUCUCGCUCUGUGGGCGUGGCCUAAAUUCAUUUUAACCCUUUAAAGGUACCAAAAGCAGCUGAGAAACAAAUAGUUUAUGCGUUAUUUGGAGUUAAACCUUCAACAGUAGAAUUAAAAAUUAAUUAGUCAUUACCUGAGUUGUCAUUGUCAACAAUCCCUCAGCUUUAUGGUAUGGGCUAAUCGUGUGCAAUUUUGUCCUUCGGCUAUCGCCCUGCCUACCUCAAUCGCUCUUCCCCGUUUGAACCUGUUUCGCUGACAAGGGACUGUCUCACUCUACGAGAAAGGCAACAUUACUUCAUUCCUUGAAAUUUUGUAUAAAUUUACAUUCUCAGACUAUCGAACAAUGGCCACACUUAAAAAUUACUCUUGUAAAAGGUUUAUUUAAUGGGGCCCAGAUCCGUACUUGAUCUUUUGAGACCGUAACCAAUUCUCAACCUAACGGUGUGUAUAUUUGGUUGGAUUUUCUUGGUCGCCGCCUGUUCGACUGUAACUUGUUGAAAGGAAAAAUCCCCUCUGCUUUUGUCCUCUGUGUCCUUGCCUGCCUAAUUUCUCGUUCGUCACCCUUGUAGGUGGUUUAUUUCCAGACGGCUUACCGUUGAUAAUCUUUUAUAAUUCUCACCAGCAAGGAGUUCUCUGUGAGAGGGAACAGUUUAUGAUGACCAUUAUAAUAUUUCUGCCCUUAUUUGUGACUGAGCGUCUCCUAAAAGUGUGAGUUUAUGACCAAUACUACAGUGUACCGGCACACCAUGAAUCUCGGUACAACAAAUUAUACUUUACUGACAUUUGUACCACAUAAUAUCUUUACAAGCUUUGAAAAGAUUUUUUAGAUUUAAGUAAGACGACACGCAUCAUUUUCGUGAUUGUUUUUUAAUAGUUUUUUUCUUGAUCGGUGAAUUUCCAGGGCCAGUUGGCUUGCAACAGCCUAAGGAC